ACUUGUGAAUAUAAGUUAAAAUUAAAGAACCACAAUUUAAGUACCCAUUGUAAUGGCAUGGGCCUACGGUGUGUGUGUGUAGAGGGCGUGAGUGCGGCGUGGAGAGCGACGGACACGUGUAAGAACGGGUAUAUUGCAACAAGUGUGAAUCCUUAUCAAUCCUUAGUGUAAUAAAUAUAUUACUUAUCUAAGUCAUUGACACAUUAAUACAUGGUGUCAGAAGUGAUCGAAUCUAGAAAAAACUUAAGCUUGGCACUUAAUAAUCAUACUAAAUAAGGAACAGAAUAAACAUAACCUAUGAACACGUGGUUAAUUCUGAAUUUAUAUAGAAAAAAUGAACAGUUUUAAGCCACCAGGGGAAUUGGACCUGAAGGAAAAUGCAGGCAAUAAUCUUAAAUCCUUCAAACAAAGAUUUGAAAUAUUUAUUACCGCAAUAAGUGACAAGGAAUUAAAAGAACCAAGGAAAGUUGCAAUGUUGUUGAUUUGCAUGGAAAGUAAUGCACUUGAUGUGUUUAAUACAUUUGGAUUGCAAAUGGAAACCCCUACCGUGAGACAAAUAUUUGAGGCAUUUGAGGAAUAUGUAAAACCUCGGGUAAAUAUAAUAAUAGAGAGACACAAGUUUCACACGAGACGUCAACAAGUGGGUGAACCAUUUGACACAUUCCUAACAGAUUUGAGGAAAUUGGGGAAAAACUGUGAAUUUGGAGAUCAAGAAGAAUCCCUCAUAAGGGACGGGAUAGUCAUUGCUGUGAGCGAUGAAGGUCUCCAGCAGCGUCUCUUACGAGACCCCAAUCUCACACUAGUAAAGGCGAUUGAAAAUUGAAGAGCAGCGGAGAUGAGCAAACUCCAACAAUGCUCAUUGAAACUUGAAAAUGCAACAACAAAUCUGGUCAAUAUUGACGUCAUUAAGAAACAACCUAGUAAACAGGGUGGAUCUAAAUUUAAGAAAUCAUACCAGAAGAAAAAGGAUGUCCAGCAAAUCUAUGACUGCAAGAAAUGUGGAUGGCUUCAUAAGUGAGCGAAUUGUCCAGCAUUUGGUCAGAUGUGCAACAAGUGUGGGAAGAAGAAUCACUUCGUGGUGGGCUGUCAAGCUACAACUAAGUCCAGAAACAUCAGUGAGC